AUGUCUCCCAGCAACUCCUUAUCGUCAUUCCGAUCUGACAGCGCCCGGCAAGCUCUGCAAAAGAUCAAGGGAUCUAUCCCAGCCAUAACGGACAAAAUGCCUUCACAGCUGUCCCGAGCGAAAGAAAGAGUGACAGCAGUCAGAGCCUGGAGGAACAAUUUGGAUCAAAACACGUACCGACGCACUAAACAGGCCUCCGAUGCAAUGGAGGACGCAUACCGAAAGUACAAAGCCGACACCGAGGCUGUAAGGUUAGCACGUCGAGAAUUCAACGAAAUGAAAGCAGCAAUACUACGCCCGGCAACCACGGAGGGAUAUAUCGAGCUUGCGAAAUUGGCCCUCUCAUGGGGCAGAAAGACUGUGAGAUCAUCUGAAAGCCGCCUCAAAUUUCUCAGGACUUACCGCCAGGCUUAUGCAUUUGAGGAUGUCCGAGGUCACAUCAUGCGAGCGAACGAGUUUUUGGCCAGUGCCACCAGUGCCGUCGAAGAAGCCCAGAAGUGGUACGAUAUGAUUUGGCACGUCCAACUCCGACACCCGGCGAAUAGUGGUCCGCAUGGGUCUGGCAGGCCCAAACAGCAAGCAUUGGGAGCACCGCUGAAAGUGAAGGUCGGCUACGAAAGUGAAGCCUUCCGGCUGCGGCGCACCAACCCGGAUGUGUUCCGAGACGUCCACAUCGGGAAUUAA